AUGGCUUCGAGGAGGCGGGGAGUUGGAGUUAGUGCUGUACAACGUAAGCAGGAUCAUCAGGCUAUGUUUAAUGCAAAAGGUGAGCAGUUAGCCUCAGAACAACUAAGCUUAUUCUCUCAACACUUGGAGGACUUCACAGUGAGACUGGAACAGUUCGCACAUCGUCACAGAGAUGAGAUCAGAAAAAAUUCUCAAUUUCGUCGCCAUUUUCAAGAGAUGUGCGCCAGUGUAGGCGUCGAUCCCUUGGCAUCUGGAAAGGGAUUCUGGGCAGAAAAACUAGGCGUUGGAGAUUUUUAUUAUGAGCUCGCAGUGCAAAUAGUUGAGGUGUGCUUGGCGACCAAUCAUAUAAAUGGUGGAAUUAUGACUGUAGAAGAACUUAGAAAUAGAUUAAUGCGAAGCAGAGCUAAAACUCGAAGAGAAACCAUAACCACUGAUGAUAUAUUACGUGCCGUCGACAAGCUCAAAGUGUUAGGAGGUGGCUUCGAACUAGUGCCUCUUGGUGGAGGCCGAUUUUUGGUACAAAGCGUACCAGGAGAAUUAAGCAUGGAUCAUUCCCGAGUUUUACAAUUAGCUGAAGACGCCGCUUACGUCACAAAAGAGCUCGUCAUGGAUAAAUUGAGAUGGGACGAUGUUCGGGCUACAACUGUUUUGGAGCAUUUGGUCAAAGAAGGCUAUGCUUGGGUAGACGAGCAAUCCUCCGAUACUCUACAGUAUUGGGUUCCAUCUCUUUUCCUUCAGCAAUAUUGUCAUUCUUCAAAAGAAAGUUAG